AUGUUUGAGUAUAGCGACGAGAUACGAAUACCCAUACAACAACAGGAUCUGUAUACCUUGCCGUAUGAGAGUUUUCUAUACAUCGAGGGAAAACUAAAGAUAAACAAACCAGCUGAAGGAUCUAAUGUGGUACUGGGAAAUAAUUGCGUCGCGUUUAUGUUCGAUGAGAUCCGAUACGAACUCGACGGUGUGGAGAUUGAUCGUAACAGAAAUGUGGGAAUAACUAGCACACUCAAGAACUAUGUAACGAUAUCAUCCGAUAAAACCGUGAUUAUGAGGAACGCCGGCUGGAAUGCGCAGACUAACGCGAAUGGAUACAUCAAUUUUUGCGUACCGCUCUACAUGUUAUUGGGAUUUUGCGAGGAUUACAGACGCGUGGUGAUUAACGCUCGUCACGAGUUGAUCUUAAUACGAUCGCGCAACGACAACAAUUGUCUGCUUGGAAAUUUGGCGCUGGAGCCUGCGAUCAAUAUAUUCAAGAUACAAUGGCGAAUGCCACACGUGGUAUUGAACGAGAUCAAUAAGCUGUCGAUGCUGCGCGCCUUGGAAAGCGGACGAUACCUCAGCAUGGGUUUUCGCUCGUGGGAUCUGUACGAAUUUCCGCUAUUGCAGCGUACAACCAAGCAUUCGUGGCCCAUUAAAACCGCGACUCAGCUGGAGAAGCCGCGAUACGUUGUCUUCGUUCUGCAGACAGGCCGGAAGAACGUCAUGUCCGAGGAUACGAGUCGAUUCGACGAUUGCAAAUUGACCAACGUGAAACUCUAUCUGAAUUCGGAAUGUUAUCCGUACGACGAUAUGAAUCUAGAUUUCGAUAAAAACAGAUGGUCGAUUCUGUACGACACGUACCAGCGUUUCUGCAAAAACUAUUACGGAUACGAGUAUCUCGAGCCGAGUCUCGCAGUCACGCAGUUUCUGCUUAACGGUCCGUUCCUGAUCAUUGAUUGCUCUCGACAAAACGAAUCGGUCAAGAGCGCAACCGUGGAUGUGCGAUUGGAAUUCGAGUGUAAGGAGAACGUGCCGCCGAAUACCACUGCGUACUGUCUCAUCAUACACGAUCGCGUGAUUCAGUACAACCCGUUGACCAACGUUGUGCGCAAAAUCACUUAA